AUGGCCAUAUUUGUUAUUUGGGGACUUCUUGGCUUGUCUGUAUUGUCAAGCUCGAAGCCCAUUCACAUCAAGGGAUCAUCACCUGGCCGUCCAGCUGCGGAAUCUCUUUUCGUUCGAAUUCCUGUUGAUGUACCCGUGGCAGAAUCUGCAGAGACUCCAUCGAGUACUAUAGCACCCUCUGGAAGUGACGGUACUCACACCAUCAAACCGGGCGUCUUCCAAGGUGAUGCCACGAUAAUAAACAAGGACUCGAGUGCCACCCAGACCAGCGUUCUCUUUCCUGCAUCGGGAGAUUGGCUUGACGUGCAGUGCGACGGAGACGCUAGAAUUACAGAUGCUGCAACCCCCCUAAGGACCGGUUCGAAUGCUUGGGACCAAAUGAUGGAUGACUGGAAGAGCAAAGACGACGAUUAUCCAUUGAAUUUUGGCCAAUAUGCGUGGAAUGUUUUCCACUAUAGUGACCAGACACAUUGCGAUCUGGUGCAAGAUAAUAACUGUGGCACCACAGUGGAGUGCAAGGCCCCAGCUGCUGGGUUCUUAAUCAUCAACUCUCUCGUCGCCAUUCACAAUAUGAUCUUCAACGAAAGGACGGCACUAGGGGAUGCUCGCGAUGAUAUCAAGGCAGACAUUGUGAGAUUCCAAGAUACGUUUUCUUCAUUUCCGGACGACAGUCUGAAGGUCAUCAAAUACAUGUUGGAUGCCCUUCAGAUAACAUGGGGUUUCAGUUCAGCAAUCGGCUGGAACGUUUAUGAUGACUGGCGAGCAGCCUUUGCCGAUAUGUCCAAUGCUGCUGCCUUCUACGGACUUAAUAUGGGCAGGGACAAUCUCAAAGAACCUACGGAUAGUGGAGAAUUGACUGAUGACCUAAAAGUUCUCGUCGACAACUAUUAUAACAAACUACGUGACAUACAGAGGGACUUUUUGGCGAACACCCUCAACGCAGUGGACGAAGCCAAUCAGGAUCAGUUGACCAAGAUGGUGGCAAAUGGGGCUAUGAUCCAGCUUGAUCUUGCGACGGACAAUUCUACUUACGGUGAUAUGAUUAUCGAGCAGAAAAAGACCCUCUACGGGAAAAUGAUCCCGGGGACUUGGGCCUUGUCUCCGGAUACCCAGCGACCGUUUAUUCUGUAUGUGGACCACACAGAUUACAACUGUGGAGAUGAUGUUGGCCCCGUGAGCGAUACCGAUUUACCAGAGCCAGACGACUGGAAGUUGGGUUCCUGGAUAGACCAAGACACGGCGGAUAAAACCUCCUGGUGUGAUCCCAAUGGCAACUCCUGGUUCUUGCUCAACGCCUACGGCCCCACGAGCUGCAGCGGAGGUGGAGCUGCCGACUGCGACCGUCCAAAGAUUUUCCAGAGCCUCGAUGGUGGAAAUACCGAUACCUUGACGGGAGAAGACAGCACAUGGGGAGGGAUUACGCUUGAAGAUAUUAUUCGCAGCUCAUAUGGAGCAUUCGUGGCCAAUGGCAACAAAAAUGGAGGAUAUGAAAUGCCGGAUGACUCAAAGCUGGCCAUUGAUGACUCGAUGAGCGAGAUCGUUGAAGAUGAUACGGGUGCUUUUAGUAACAGUAUCCGGACUGCUGGAUUUUUCCAAAUCCCCAUCUGCCUGAAUGCGUAUGCAGCGGCGGAGCGGGUCGCGAAGAUCCUUGAAAACGAUGAUCCUUGCGGCGAAGAGCCAGAUGCUAGCGGAAAGUCAACGCCCAAAAACGAUGAAGGGUACGCCGCUGGGCAAUGCGGGAUCCAUAUCACUCAAUACCAACGGGGUGAGGGCGAUGCGGUCAACCCGCUGGAUGUUUUCCAGCUGCAGCUCAAUAUCCUCGAUGCUAACCAGGAGGUGAUUGGGUUUAUGAUCAAGCAGCCGGCCGACGAGGCUCUGAUUGUUCCCAGCAAACUUCCAUAUGAUCUAUGGGUUCAGGUGGGUGACGGCGACGACGAUGCGAUUUGUUUCUGGUACUCCGAUCAAUAUUGGUGCACGGAUAAUGAUGACUGGGGAUGCAACAUUGGUUCUUAUGACGGCGGUCAACGAAACGGUGACUGCGGCUUCAGUUGCCCUAAUCCAACGGACGAUCCCCCAACAACCACCUAUGAUCUUCCGUCUCCCGCGAAGACAGCGUAUGACGGGACCAGUGUCCCAACAAGCACCGCAGAAUUGCCGGAAGUGACGUAUGCUCAGGGCGCUUGUGGUGUGCAUGUGGUACAAUACCAGAAGAAUGAGAACAGUAAUGGCCUCAACCCGACGGACUAUUAUCAGGUGCAGUUCGAGGUGAAGGAUGCAGACAACAACAUCAUCACCACGUCACCCAAGUCCCAAGCAGAGUCCGGUGACCCAGUUUCAAUCCAAGGGGAUGGACUUGAAUAUCCCUUCUCUGUGACGGUGGGUGACAUUGACUCGGAUCCGAUCAGCUUCAAGUACAAUAAUCAAGAGUGGGACUCGGAUGCGGACCAGUGCAGUGUCGGAGAUUACGACACAGGGACUCGUAAUAUGGACUGCGGGUUUACUUGCUGA